AGAUACACAAGUGAUAUAGUUCUGUUUGGUGAAAACGCUGACAAAAUGUAGCCUACUGACCACCUUAAGCAACAGUGCAAGCAUGUUUGGAAUGGGGUCCUCUCCCUCCGAAUUUAUGAUAUUACCUCAGGAUUGGCUUGAGUCAUCGCCUAAAUUGAUGCUCCACUUAUAUUAAAAGUCUCGUCAGUACUGAUGCUACAGUGUGACGAGAUCUCGGCACAAAUUCAGAUAGCUCGAUUAGCUUUUGUCAACUUGUGUCACUUGUAGCAUAAGUGAGAUAUUCGUCUAACAACUAAAGGGCGAGUUUACUGUGCAGCAGUUUGUUGUGUUCUCCUUUAUGAGUAUGGGUUCAUCCAUUCUUUGUUUCCCCGAGAAAUUCUAAGUCCAUAACUUUUUUUAUUCUGUCAAUUUAUAUUUACUUUUCGAGUCGUACACUCGAUGCCUGAUCUUUCCUAAUACCUCUGAUACUGUUAAUACAUCUACUACCCCUGGGAUUUGGCCUGACGACUUCAUCUCUCUGUGUUAAUGGGAUAUAGCAACUUUAACCGAUGUACAUAAGCAUAGGUUCUACGUUGUGCAUAACUGACGAUGAAGAUAUCACACCAUCAUACUAACGAUCUGUCAAGUGUAGGAUAGUCAGUUUUGAAGGAAAAAAUAACAACAUAACAAAAGACAUAGGGUCAAUAAAUUGUAUGGUAGAAAGCAUCUCGAAACAUCUACAAUUGAGUGACAGGAUAAAGGAAAACAUAACAUAGCCGCAAUGACGGACUAAGAUACUGUUCGAUGAAUUAAACACGUGAAGUUUAUUCCCAGCGGCUCCCGUUCUAUAUUUUAACAUCCAUAGAUAAUAGCCUAUUAAUCAGAACUAUAAAAAAGUGGGGAAGAUACGUGAAAUAAACUCGUUUCUCUCCUUUGCGUCAGAUACUCUGUCUAUUACGCAGGACACCAACACAACUCUGAUCAAGAACAGGUGACUGACUUGACCAGCAUGUGAAUAUAUUUCAACAACUGAUUAUCAUAUAAUUUAAGGUAGGGAAAUAUAUGUAACACAUCAAACACCUGUCAGACUAUCUACUAGCGUGACAUCCAAUCGUUAUUUUGCUCGCCCACAUAUCAAUAUGUUCUCAUUGGCAAUUAUUAAUACUUCGAGUAACUAUUGAAUAGACUAGCUCCAUUGAAUCCACUGGACAGCGAAGCAGCACACAUAGACCUUCCUGUAGAUAUCACUCCACCAACGAUCGAAGAAAUCAGGAAGGCUAUCAGAUAAAUCAAGAGCGGGAAAGCAGCAGGAAGUCAGACAUUGGAGUAACUGAAAACAUGCUUCACCUUCUAUUCAAGAAGAUUCGGAAAAACUGCAGAUGGACUAGAAAAAAGGACAACUCAUAAAGACACCAAAGAAAGGAGAUCUGAGUAAAUGUGGAGUCUACAGCGACAUCACACUACUGGCAGUACCAGGCCAAGCUUUCAACGUAGUGUUGCUGAGCCGGAUGAAAGACACAGAUAACCUGGACCUUCUAUCCCAUGCACACGAACAAAUGCAAGUGAAAACAACUAGUGUAGCAGCAGCCUCUGCAUCAGUAGACCUCAACAUACACAAGGGGAAAUGCAAGAUCCCUAAAUACAACACGACGAACACCAACCCAAUCACACCUGAUGGAGAAAUUCUGCAAGAAGUUGAAACUUUCACGUAUCUGGUCAGCAUCAUCGACGAACGUGGAGAAUUGGACGCAGACGUAAAGGCGAGGAUUGGCAAAGCAAGGGCCGCAUUCCUACAAUUGAAGAACAUAUGGAACUCAAAACAACUUUCAACCAAUAUCAAAGUGAGGAUCCUCAAUACGAACGUCAAGGCAGUUCUACUGUACGGAGCUGAAACUUGGAGAACUACAACAACUACCAUCAAGAAGGUAAAAGUAUUUAUAAAUGGUUGUCCACGCAAGAUACUCAACAUCCAUUGGCCGGAUACCAUCAGCAACAACAUUCUGUGGGUGAGGACAAACCAGCAUCCAACUGAAGAGGAAAUUAGGAAAAGACUUUGGAGGUUGAUACGGCAUACAUUGCGGAAAUCACCAAACUCCAUCACAAGGCAAGCACUAACUUGAAAUCCUGAAGGGAAACGGAAAAGAGAAAGGUCGAAGAACACACUACGUCGGAAAUCGGAAGCAGAUAUGAAAAGGAUUGCUCAGGACAGGGUCCGAUGUAAAGUACUAGUGUGUGGCCUAUGCUCUCGCACGAGGAGUAACAGGCGUAAGUAAGUACCUGGUCACAAUAAAAGGUAGUCCUAACCACUAAACUGAAUUUGUCAUUUACUGAUAGCAAGUCGUAGAAUGUAUAUGCUAUAUCACUCACGUGAUGAAUAGUGGCUAUUGUUACCAACAUAGGCAAGAUCAUAACGAGAUAACGCCUAGUCUUGUUCAUAGAACGAGUAUCACUAUUGUCCCUCUAGAAAUUUGAGUUAUACUCUAUUAUUUGAAAGGUAAACAUAUUACCAUUAUAUCUCUCCGAUACUUGCCAUUAUUUUGGAUAUACAUGAUUAAAGACUCAUAUUUAGAAAGUAAGUGAAUUUUUAUUUACCUGGUUUUAGUAUGGAAAGUAGGUUGAUCAGCCAUGAGAUCAAUAGGAAGAUUUACGACCUCAUCAAACCUUGUUUGGGAAGUCAAUGGUUUUUACGUUUUGUCAAUAUCAUGAUGAUAGUACCCUAUCAAAUUAGUUUCCAUACUACUACUUAAUGAAAAUUGUUAUUUUAAGCGUAUUUAGAUAGAUGAAUACAAGG